AACAUCGAAGGCAUUCUUCCUCGACUAAAUAUAACUCAGGAGAUGUGUGCUCUGAGCAGCCGACUCUUACCCAUGCAAAAGUUCAAAAGCUUACUUACAUACAACAAAAGCUUCAAGGGGCACUGCCCAACCCUUGUGGCCUGCCCAUCUGUAAGAAAGCUUGGCUUGGAGAUCUUGGGCUACAGCGACCAUGCCAGCCCCUCAGCGGAGAAUUAGAGCCAGGGACAGGAAUAAUGUCUUAGCCAGGCCGGAGUUUUUGUCUCUCAACCAGCCACCAACAUCACCCCAGGAGGCCCGAAACUUCAACAAGAAACAGAGUGGACAAUAUGGAAACUCCAGCGAAGGUGCCCGGGAAAGACGGCAAAGCCAGCCGCUACCAGAAGAGGACUGCAUGCAGCUAAACCCCUCAUUUAAAGGGAUUGCAUGGAAUUCACUCAUGGCUAUCGAUAUAGCUAUGUCCAAAAGCGUUGGAGUUUGCGCCAACAGUACCUCAUCAUGGGCAAGUGCACGUUCAAUGGUCAAGCUGAUCGGAAUAACGAGCCAUGGCCUACCCUGGAUAGUUGGCACACUAGUUUGUUUAUGGAGUAGCAACACACUGGCCGGACAAGAAGUCCUUAUGAAUCUACUUCUGGCUUUGCUGUUGGAUAUCCUGACGGUGGCUGGACUCCAAAAGCUGGUCAAACGCCGUGGCCCCUUUGAGGUGUCUCCGGGUAUCUUGGACUACCUCGUCCUUGACGUCUACUCCUUCCCAGCAAGCCAUGCUAGUCGAGCCACCAUGGUGUCUAAAUUCUUCUUAAACCACCUGGUCCUUGCUAUUCCUCUACGUGUCCUGUUGGUCCUGUGGGCUUUCGCCGCUGGACUCUCCCGCAUUAUGAUUGGCCGGAACCAUAUCAGUGAUGUCAUGGGGGGAUUUGUGAUUGGCUACAUGCAGUUCAACUUUGUGGAGAUUAUUUGGCUGCCUUCUGGUACGUGUCAAAUGCUGUCCUCUCUCUGGUGAUGGUUUCUAUUUAUGAUGAAUGAGACUUCUAAUGAAACAAGACUAAGAGGAGAGAAGCUAUUCCCUCAACAAUGAAUGGAUUUG